AUGCUACAAGAUGGAAAACUGCCGUUUGUGCCUGGAAAUGAGGAGAUGAUUCUGGGAGUGUCCAAGUAUGGAGUUAAAGUGGCCUCAUUGGACCAGUGUGAUGUGUUUCAGCGUCACCCGCUCUACCUGAUUGUGCGUAUGCUUUGCUAUGAUGAUGGUCUGGGUGCUGGAAAAAACCUGCUCGCACUGAAGACCACAGAUGCAGAGCAGCAGGAGUGCAGCAUCUGGGUGUAUCAGUGCAGCAGUGCGGAACAAGCCCAGGCCAUCUGUAAAGUACUGUCCACCUCCUUCAACUGUGCCCUGGCCUCAGAGAAGUCCUGAGGUCUGUUUGGGAGUGUUCCUGUUCUUCUACCCUCACUCAUUCCUUCAGCAGCAGGAGGAGGAUUGAAGUCUGUUUGUGGAAGGUGCCCUUUUUAAAAGCUCCUGACAGAAAUGCUGGAAUUUGUCUCACUUUGAUUAUACAUGUCAAUACAGCUGAUCCGUCUUUGUUCAGCAUGAAAGGGCAGCCAUCUCAACCACAUGUUUACACCAUAUACAUUAAUCCCAGCGUCCUCUUCUCUUAUCAGCCCCACCACAACCCAAAAGCCAAGUUUGGGCUGCGUCUAUAUUUGUAACCUAAUUUAAUCUUAUUUAAUGUAAAUAUACAAUAACCUCAGAGCACAUCUCCCACUAUGGGCCAGUGAAUCUGGGAUUUGUUGGGCUCUAGUGGGAUUUGUGUAAACCGUGGUACAUUAAUGUCAGUGUAAACACAAAGAUGUUGUAAAACCCAAACCCUCUGCGUCUUUAAUAUGUAAAUGCACCUCUUUUGUGGUCCUCCUGGUCCAGGUGGGAUCAGAUUAGUUAAUAUGGUACAAUAAAUGCGAAUGUAAUGCAGUUUCAUCUCGUUUUUCCCCCUCGUUUCCACUAGAUGGCAGUGCUUUCAUCCUAUUGAAUAAUUGGAGUGUUUUCAAACUAUUCAUGUUUAAUAAUAACAACAAAAACAUCCCACAGCCCCCUGAUUGAGGAACAAAGCCUGAAGUUUAAUGUCCCUUUACCUGGCACAUUUUCACUUAACCUAUCCAAAUAAUGCAACACGUGAACAAGAAAUUCUUUUGCCGUUUUUUGAAUUCCAGUUUUCCCAUUUAUUUGUACAUAUAUGCAUAUAUUUAUAUAUUAGCAUCAAUGACGUUUAUGGUAAACGGCUGAAUAGGUCAUUUUCAUCUUAGUUAAAAGUGUACUGUAACAGUCUUAUCUAACAGUACGUCAAACCAUCAGUCAUUAUCAGUUUAGCGCUCAGUUUACAAUUAAAUAUGCACAAAGCAAAGUCUACAUUUAUCUACAAUCACAGCCGGCCAGGUGCCGACCGUAUACAGUAAGCUGAACACAGGAUAAUUACAUCCCACCACUGCCCGAGUCACAGGGCACACUGGUCCGAGCUCAAUCAAGACUAACAUGACUGUAAUUAAAAGUUACAUAACAGACUCUAUUAAGUUGCUCUGCAACCACAUCAAACACUCGAGACAUAAAACGCUCUGCUGUGUUACUCCUGCACACAAUUACGGAUGAAUGAGCAUUUCAAAGCUUUAGAAAGGAUUUAGAGAAGUGUUGUGAGGGGAAAUGACAUGAGGGAUUUUAAUUUCCCCUGGAAUACAAUUAGAGGAGAUGCAGUUAUUACCCAUCUGGCCAACCAAAGCAGGGAGACUCUGGGAACAUCCUGGGAGGUGGAAAUAAUUCAUAUCUCGAAUUGACACCUUGGAAUCUGUUCAAAAUGACUAGGUUUUGGAGAUCUCGAGGUAAAAACAUUAUUCAGUAUGGUCCAGUUUUGCACACUGAAGAAAAGAGUGAGCAACUUAAAAGAAUAGUUCACACCGAACUGAAAAUGCUGUCGUCAUGAGAUUUCAAACCUUUUUAUCUUCCACAGAACCAGCCAGGAUGAAUAUUUAAGAAUGUCCAGAGUGCUUUUUCUAGAAUGACAACAAACCUGUCAAGCUUGAAAAAGACAA